AUUGGAUAUGAAAAAUCUCAUAAUAAGAUAUGCAGCUAGUGUUGCUAAGCCAGGAUAAUAAUUCCUUGUUUUAUUUGGUGCCCCUGGAGUAAUAAAGUUAAUUAAUAUGAAAUUAGGUUGGUAAAGGAACAUUUGCAAAGUUAUUGAUUAAGGAUACUAAAUUUAACCACAUUUCAACAGGAGAUGAAAUUCGUAAGAUUUUGAAAGGAAAUACAUCAUAAUCAUUUGAUCAAAAAUUAAUUGUUACAAUUAAAGACAUUGUAGCAAAAGGUGGUCUUGUGUCAGAUGAAAUUGUGAUGAAUAUUUUGUAAGAAAAAUUAAAAGAGCCAGAAUCUGCAAAAGGUGUAAUUUUAGAUGGAUUCCCAAGAACAUUAAGAUAAUUAGACUUAUAUGAAAAGAUUUUACCAACAAAUGUUGUUGUUAAUGUGACUUUAAGAGCUGAUAUUUUACUUGAAAAAUUAGCUGCGUAUUAUUUAAUAAAAAUAUGUAAGUCGUCGUACAUGUGUUGGUUGUGGAACUGCUUUCAAUAUUUGUGAUAUUAAUAGAGAUGGAUAUGUUAUGGAACCAUUAAAUCCAAAGAAAGAAGGUAUUUGUGAUGCUUGUGGUGGUAAAUUAGUGGUUAGAGAUGAUGAUAAAAAAGAAGUAUAAUAAUAAAAUUAAUCUUUAGGUUAUUGAAUAAAGAAUGAAGGAAUAUGAAGAAAAGACUCAUCCUUUGUUGGAUAGAUAUAGAGNUACAUAGUUGCAACUAUAUUUAUAAUUAUAAUGAUUGGUAAUUAUUAAAUUUAUUAAGAAUCUAGUAAGUAUUAAAAUAAUAGAAAAUGAUGAACAUAAAUUAUGAAGAUAUGAAAUCUCUUUUAAAAUUCUUCAAAUUAUUAAAUUAUAAUUUUUAUUUGGAUUAAAUGUAAUAUUGAUAUUCUUUAUUCUUAAAGAUCUAAUUUAGACUUAUAUAUGAUUAUAAAAAUUUU